CCGGGGGCACGGGCACGGACACGGACACGGACACGAACACGGGCACGGGCACGGCGACCGCCCUGUGCAGCAGGUUUGGUAGCUGCAUUGGAUCAUUGAUUGAGGUCCCUUCUAAAUUACAACACUGAAAACAAUGGCAACAGAAUGUAUAAAAACCUGCUGUAAAUUGUGUUUCUGCAUGGACAAAGAAAAAAAUGAUUCAGUUUCCAUGGUGCAGGAAUCUGAAGCAGUAGCUGCAAGCAAGCCAACUAUUGUAGAGCAGCCUCCAUUGUCUUCUGUGUCAGUGAAGCGUCAAGUUGGCUGUUCCGAGGAUUAUUUGCUUUCUAAACUGCCCCUGGAUGGUCAGGAGGUACCAUUUGUGGUCCCUCCAUUCAAACUGGCUUAUGUACAGCCAAAGAACCGUCCCAGCAUCUCACAUGCUGGAGGGAUUAAAGAGUCAGCCAGAGCGUCGUUCGGUGACCGGAAAGCAGAACUGCACGGCGUGUACCAGUGGCCCCGCUAUGACGUGUACAACCCCUUCUAUCUGGAGCAUCGGGUUUCACCAGACCUCAUCAGGCGCUUCCAAGCAAAAUCAGAUAGUAGGAAACUGUAUGGAUCAGUUAGUGAUUUAAGGCCCAGCGCUUUGCCUGGAUCCCUUGAUGUAAGCCGCUCGAUGUUUGAUCUCAGGAGCCCACCUCACCGAUUCAUGAAGAGAUAUGAUUCAGUCUCCAGUGUACCCAGCAGUACCUCCUCCAGGAAGGAUUCACAAGGCAGUAACAGGAGUCUGGAUACUAUUACAUUAUCAGGUGAUGAACGAGAUUUUGGAAGACUGAAUGUGAAGUUGUGUUAUGUUUCUUCUGUAGAACAGAUUUGGAUCACAGUUUUACAUUGCAAAGACCUGACCUGGCCUUCUAGCUGUGGGGAAAAUCCUCGUAUCUGUGUCAAGGGAAUUCUCACGCUGCCCAAGCCAGUGCAUUUCAAAUCUUCUGCCAAGGAGGGCUGCAAUGACAUUGAAUUUAUGGAAACUUUUGUUUUUGCUAUUAAACUGCAAAGCCUGCAGGCUGUCAGAUUAGUAUUUAAAAUCCAGACACAGACUCCCAGGAAAAAAACUAUUGGAGAAUGUUCCUUGGCACUGCGGGAGCUGAGCUCACAGGAGUCAGAUCAUUGGCUGGAUAUAUCUCCUCCUUCCAAAGCACCUGUGUGCCGUGCAGAACUUCAAAUAGGAACUUGUUUUCAAGCAAUAAACAGGAGGAUACAGUUACAGAUUCUUGAAGCACAAAACCUUCCUGUUUCAUCUACGCCACUGCCUUCAAAUUUCUUUGUGAAAGUUGGAAUGUUUAGUACGGAAGGGAUCGUCUAUAAAAAGAAGACUCGCCUUCUGAAGUCCACUAAUGGCCAAGUGAAGUGGGGAGAAAUGAUGGCUUUUCCAGUUAGCCAAGCAGAACAAGGAAUUAGCUUUCUCAUCAAGCUCUACAGCAGAAGCUCAGUGAGAAGAAAACACUUCCUAGGACAGGUCUGGUUAAGUUCUGAUAGCAGCAACAGUGAAGCAGUAGAACAGUGGAAAGAUACCAUCGCAAACCCUGAAAAAGUUGUUGUUAAAUGGUACAGCAUUGGUCCCUCUUGAAGACUGGAGAUGAACUUCAGAACUGAUUUUCCUGCAAAAAUUCAUAUGCUGUAUAAAAUAGUAUAAAUAAAAAGAAAGAUAUUGUUUGUGCAAGUUCUUCAGAAGUUCUCCACCGCAUCAUGCCUCUGUGGAAACAGGGAAAAUUCAGUUCCACCAAGAGAAAUGCUGGCUAAAUACUAUUAAAAAGAAGACUUAGGAACUGGGAAAAGUGCUCAUUUGAUUUCACAAAAUCCAUCUUGAAAAUAACAUGCAUGCCCCUUUUGGACCUCAUAAAAGCACAGAAAUUCAAUUUCAGAGAGAAGCAGCUUGAAUCAACUCUCUUUCACUAGCCACUGACAUCAUGCUCAUCUGCAGUGCUGUCUGUGCCAAACUCCAUGGAGGGUAUGAGUUGUGUCAGGGGCUUGAUUCUGGGUACCUCUGAGGUUGUUGACACCAUUUGAUCAAAAUAACGUGUGCCUGAGCAAGUGGAGAAGCUGUGGCAGCAGGAGCAGGCAUAAAGGGACGUACACAAUAAGGCAAUACUCACAGGAUUUUCAAAUCUCCACUUUGAAUAAAGGGUUGUUCAGGAGGGUUGCGCUCAUCCUCCUCUCAAAACAGAGAGAUGGAAAGAUAAAAGUUCCUCUGACUUAGUGAUCUUUACAAGAGGGACCCUCUAGAUUUGCUCUGUUUGGGUAAAUUCUGGCUGGAAUCAUUGGAAUAGUACAAAGAUGCAAUGACCCUGCCUAGGAUCAGAGCCAUUAUUUUUCGAUUGCUUUCUUAUGUAGAAUACUUAUAUGUAAACCACUUCCACAUCUAGUCAACAUGCUCUAGCAUUUGCUUACAUUGCCAAAACACAGGCUAACAUGCACAAAGGAGUAAGCAAAGAUUUACUGACUUAUAUGCUUUUUGAUAUUAAUUAAAAUGCAGCACUGUAAGGGAUUCAGACUUUGUCUAAAGGAUGGGCUGCUACUACAGAAGUAUUUGGUACAUGUCCAGGGUGCUAAAAAAUUAUCUGUGGGAGUAUAUUUUUAUUACUUGUUUCUAGUAAGAAAAAAUUACCAUAUUUUUUAUUGCAAUUUGUAUUUUUCCAGGAAAAUCCUAAGAUUGUAUUUUCUAUUAGUUCCCAUAUUUUCAGGUAUUUAUGCACAGUUAUUUUUAAGGGAGGCGGGGGAAUACCAAGUAUAUAGUUGAUAAUGUAUAAAUCUGAAAGCACAGACCUCUCUGCACUACUUCAACUACCUGAUUAAAAACGACAUACAUAUUUCAUUAACUCCACUGCUUACAUAUUUGCUGUUGGCUGUCUGGACUGUACAAUGCUUUGUACAGACACUGAAUAAAUCUAUCCCUGUUCAUAGCCUGGAUCUGAUUCCACCAUCUGACAGGAACUAGAGCGGCAGUGAGAGCGUUCGCUGCAGGAAGGCAAAGGAACAAGGGGAGCAGAGGAAAUGCUGGAACAGGAAAGCACCUCCUCUUCAAGCAUACAGCUUGGUGCGUCUUUAUUUUAACAUUUUUGUCUUUGAGUGUCAGGAAAAAAUGGAAUCACUUAGAAUUUUUUUUUUUUUUUUUUGUCAGUUGAUAAUUGAAACUUUCAAAACUUCAACCAUCCAGAUUUUUGUUAAAAUUUUAUAUUUUGAAAACAGAAGGAUUUUCACAGACUCAUACAUAUUCUGCUUUUUGAUUAUAAAAGAACUGAAAAAAGGCUUUGCAUGUUACUUGGAGAACAAACACUGGUUCUAGAGGCCCAGAGGAUCUUGUCUGACACUGAUAAUUUUCAGCCAGUUAAAACAGUCAGGAGGAGCCUGGCCUGCUGGGUAAAAUGAAAAAAGGAAGUGGGCUGAACUGAUAUUUUUGGAGUAUCCUUAUUUGAAUACAUGGAUCUUUUUUAUUCAUUGUGGCUGAGUAUUUUAUUCAUUGUGGCAAUAAACAAAAGUGCAAACUAACUGUUUCCUGAUGCAGAAUGCUGUUCUGUUUAAAAGAGAGGACAGGGAAUAUCCCAGUGUUUUGUAGACAUCAAUUACCACAGCAGUGGUUCUACAGAGUUUGCCAACUCAGUGGAUACUGUAUAAAAUGGAUUUCUGGGGCUGUUUUAGGACACUUACCCUUCUUAAAGACCUAAGUAGUCUUUUCUUCUUCUUCUUUUUUUUUUUUUUUCCUUUCUUUUUUUUUUUCCCCCCAUGUUAAUAUUUAAUCUAUAUGUUUAUAAUAAAAGCUAUGAACAGCAAAUAUUAAUCUUUUUUUCCCCCAAUUGUUUAUACUAAUGUUUAGCAGCAUCUCAAAGUGAAGUUCAGUUCCUAGUUUUUCUCUGAGAAAAUGCCAGCUACCAAACACUGUUUCAUGUAGUGCUGCCUGCAGGGGAGUUAACUGCUGACACACAGAGGAGACUCACAAGGCUUCUCCAUGCAAGAUGCACACGGGUACUGCAGCAUUCCGAAGGCACUGCUUCAUCCUGUGCUCAUUCCCAGGCUCUGGCAUGCAUUCGUGCAAGAAUCCAAUGAGUUAGCAGUUGACAUGCAAGAAGAGGAAAAACAGGUGUCCUGGGACAUUCUUCCAAUGGUCACAGCUGUGUGUCGUCCCUGUAAAGCAUCCUUAGCCACUAUUUUGAUUGUUACAUCCAAGUUUACGGUCUUUGAAAAUACUGUUAAAGCUAUCUGUUCACUUUAUUUGUAGAUAAAAGGCACGUGUGGUUUAUAGUUGGAUUUGCUCUUGCUUCUAGUUGGUGACUCACCCAGUUUCCUAAAACAAUUCUGAUGAAGGCAGCAAAGGUUCAGAGCUGCACCGGUUUUAUUCUGGUCAGCUCCCAAAUGGAUGUGGAUGAACUGGAAGAACAAUAUUGAUCUUAUAUUAAAUGUUAUUCAUACAGAGAUCUGUGCCUGAAUAGUUAGAAACCAACCAGAGACUAAACUUGAUCAGAUUUUCCAAAAAGUCUGUGUAUAAUUUCACUGGUUAAUCAAACAG